GCCAGUACUGUUCACAUAUAUGUACAAUGACGCGAUUAGAAAGCGAAUCGCUAUCUGUUUGACCAAUUGAACCGAUCAACGUGCAAACAAGAGAAACGCGAGGCUUCAGUCAGAGAAGGUGAGGAAGAGGAAUCGUUUGCUACAGGGAUCACUAAAAUUGACCACUUAAUGGGCACAGAUAACGUUUCAGAUUUAAAGGGGAAGGAGGCGAAGUCUCAAUGGAAGGAGUUUAUCGAGGAUAUCAGUGUUUUACAACUGGUGAUUUCAUUUCUGUUUUUAGGAGUGGCCUGUGUACUGCUGAUGAUCUACUUGAUGUUCACCUCUCUGUGGCUCAUCCCCAUUCUCUACAUCUCCUGGCAGAUCUAUGAUUGGCAAACACCUGAGAGAGGUGGCAGAAGAACAAAGUUUGUGAGAAACUGGGAAGUAUGGAAACACUUCCGAGACUAUUUUCCUGUGAAGCUGGUAAAGACUGCUGAACUGAAUCCCAGUAAGAACUAUGUUUUGGGUUGUCACCCUCAUGGCAUCAUGUGUGUGGGAGCGUUCUCAUGCUUCACCACAGACCGUAAUGGAUUUGCGGAAACCUUUCCUGGAAUACGCUCCACGCUUGCAAUCCUGGCUGGACUUUUCCGCCUUCCUUUCUUCAGAGAAUAUGUUUUGUGUGCAGGUCUGUUGCCUGUCAGUAAGGAGAGUUUGGAUUACUUGCUGAGCCGUACUGGUGUGGGUAACGCUGUGGUCAUCAUCAUUGGUGGGGCAGAGGAAUCACUUACCUCGUCUCCAGGAGUAAACACUGUAGUCAUGAAACACAGGAAAGGCUUUGUACGACUGGCCCUUAAGCAUGGGGCUGACCUGGUUCCUGUGUACUCCUUUGGUGAGAACGAGCUGUUCCCGCAGGUGGUUCUGUCUGAGGGCAGUGUGGGUCGACGGCUACAGGCUCUCUUUAAGCAGAUUAUGGGUUUUGCUCCUUGUCUCUUCACUGGGGGGCGCUGGCUGCUUCUGCCAUUCAGACGUCCUGUCACAACCGUGGUGGGCCAUCCCAUUACAGUGCCUCAGGUUGAAAGUCCAUCUCAGGAACAGGUGGAUCAUUACCACAGUUUAUACAUGAAGGAUCUGUCUGAACUUUUCCACAGACACAAGACCAGCUGCGGACUGGCAGAAACACACGAGCUGCGCUUCAUAUAGAAAUGUUGGAAAACACAGUGUUAAUGAAACAACUGUCUGGAAUAUAAUGUGGGACAGAUACAAGAAGAGGAAAAUUUACUUAUUUUUGUACUGAUGCCAUGUGAAUGUUUUAGCUUUUUAGAACUUCUCCAAAAUUAUGCUCCAAGCUCAAAAUGAAGCAAAUUAAUGAAUGCAAUUUAUGCUCUAUUCAUAUUGAACUGUGUAUGUGCCUUAACAGAACACACAAACGAAAUCAAAUGAUUGCUCACCUUCAUCACAGUACUGUUUUGAAGUAAUUCCUGCUAAAGCACUAGAAAUGUAAUAUUAGUUUAAUGUUAGUGCUCAUCAUGGAUAUAUGUAUGAAGAGAAUUUGGGUGGGUUAUAGUAUGGAAUUAUUACAGUUCAGAAUUAUUUUAAUAUCGGAUGCAUGGAUGAUUUCGAAAUGCAUUUUGAUGCUUUUACCUUAAAUUCGGUGGUGGCAUUUAUAAUCACAAAGUCUUAAAAGUACCUCUCAAUUUAUGCCAAACGGAUCAUAGAACCAGCACAUUUUUACCA